CAGCACGAGGAACUUCUCUCAAGCAGGACGUCGACAGCGUAUACUUCUCAAGCGCAGAAUAAAAUAAUUGCAAGUCUAUCGAGAGAGCGCCAACCUCGACCGAGUCUCGACCUGAAAAGCGGCGUCGGUUCUCGGAGGGACUCGGAUCUUCGGGAGGGCGUACUGAAGGCCGAGGUGCAUCCGAGGCCCGUAGGAGGAGCAGGAGGACCCGAAGGAAUGGGAAUGCGGGAGCGGUGCGUCUCCGACUCGGCCAUUCGUCGCGAGCCCUCCGUCAGCACACCGGUCACCGUGAAAGGCAACACCGCCCCGAGGAUCCACGAAGGGCACCAAGGAAGUCCCUACCACCUUCAGCAGCACGACAGGGGCCAGCAGCAGGAAGGGAGCAACAGAACGACCGCUACGACGACGACCUCCACCUCCACGACGCCCACGAAGAAAGUCCCCCUCGUCGACGACAAUCAGAACGUCCUUCCCGAAGAGCCGUCAAAAGGGGACGUCCCCGACUUCAGCGAAACGUACGUCAUCUCGAAGUGUAUUGGCCACGACUUCGACUGCGAUAGUGUGUUCGAACUGUGAAUCCAGUUAUUUUUUAAGCCUGUGUUUUUUAAAUGUCUUGGCUUGUGCGCUUUGAUCAAGUUUUUGUAUCGGUUUCAAUUGUUUUUAUUUGUAUAAAGUUGUUUUAAUCUAGUGGAUUAUAUAUGUGAAUAAAUAAGAUAUAAUAAUAACAAAAUUGUAUUUGUAGUUCUACCCAGAAGCUUUUGUGGUUGCACCUCGUAUAUUGCGCAAAUUAUCUUAACACAUAAAUUACUACUAAAGAUAUUUAAUAACCCACUUAAGAUAUCGUGACACAAAUUACUAUCUCGUAUCGAGAUAUCUCUAUCACAGGACGCAAAAAUAAGCAGAGGUUCUAGA